ACCAAACCACAUUUCAAAAACCAACCAUUAAGUAGUGCAAAGCUUUCCCACAUAAAGUCUACAUAUAAACCAUCCCUGGGAGAGAAUUCAAGGGGUUAUUCUCAUCACUUCUCUCAAAAUAUGGGUUUAUGGAACUACCAUCUAGAGGACAACAAUCUUUGCUUUCAAGCUCCCACUUUCAUUGAAUGGCUCAAGCCAUAUUCCUCUCCUUCCUCUUCCUCCUCCUCCUCUUCCUCGCUUACCUCAUCUUCUUCCUCCUCUUCUUCUUCUGUGACUCAACAAGUUCAGCUCACAAACCCCAUGAGCAUACUAAAACUUCCUCUCUUGUACCCACAACAACAGCAGCAGCAUCAGCAGCCAGAAUUUGUGAAAGAAACCAUCCAAUGCUUACCUCUUCUAAGCAGACUCACAGAGAAUAAAGCAUUGAAAGAAGAGAAUAUGGGGGUGCAAGAAACUAGUUUUGGACUUAAAGAAGAGAAAAUUGACAAGGUUACAGUGGCUUUGCACAUUGGACUGCCUAAUAGUAGUGGAGAUUCUCAAGUUGAAACCAAAGUUUUUGAUCUUAAAGAACAACAACAACAACAACAGCCACCACCCAUCAAGAAAAGCUUCCAAGGACACUGCUCUUUCAACACAGAAAGUAGGUUUUGGAUCCCAACUCCUGCUCAGAUCCUUGUAGGGCCUAUGCAGUUUGAGUGCUCCAUAUGCAACAAAACCUUCAAUAGGUACAAUAACAUGCAGAUGCAUAUGUGGGGGCAUGGAUCUGAAUUCAGAAGGGGACCAGACUCACUAAAAGGAACACAACCAGCAGCAAUGCUGAGGCUACCAUGCUAUUGCUGUGCACAAGGGUGCAAGAACAACAUAAACCAUCCGAGAGCAAAGCCAUUGAAAGACUUCAGAACCCUUCAAACCCAUUACAAAAGAAAGCACGGAGCCAAGCCAUUUAUGUGCAGAAAAUGUGGGAAGACAUUUGCAGUGAAAGGAGAUUGGCGAACCCAUGAAAAGAACUGUGGAAAGCUUUGGUAUUGUACUUGUGGUUCAGAUUUCAAGCACAAAAGGUCUCUCAAAGAUCACAUUAGGUCUUUUGGCAAAGGUCACUCUCCUCAUCCUUCUCUUGAAGGUUUUGAAGAUGACAAAGAAUGCAUCACUGGCUCUGAAGAAGAUGAAUUCGUUCACUAACUAGCUAGCUUGAAAGUGAAACAAUGGAUCGAUCUUUGCCUGUCAUGUUCGUUUUUUCGCUUGUUUUUGGAGUUGAAAGCUAUAUCUAUAUAUAUAUAUAUAUAUAAUAUCUGCUAAUUACGUACCUAAGCUUGUGCUCAGUAACAAAAAAUUCUCAAGAGCAUCAGAGGCACAGAGGGAGCGGUUUGCUACGGAGCACUUGCUGGGAGAUGAUGAGCAGAAUAAUAAAGAAGAAGAUUACCUUCUCAAAUGGUGAUGAAGUUGAUGAAUUUUCUUCUGUGUGAUGAGUACAAUAUUCAAGGUUUUUGUGAUAAUCAUCUCAUCUCCAACAUUUAGUGGAGAAAAUUUGUCCGCUUCAUUGCUAAUUAACUGGUAAUCUUUUCCAUUAAUACAGUGAUUUUGUUUGUUGUUGUC